UAAUGCACCAUUGACAUCGAGUGCUAACCUUUUAAGGAAACACCAUAGAAGAAGUUAUGUUGCGAUUUAGUUUUUGUUAUAUACCGGGUGCUGCAAGGAUCUGGGUUUUCCAUGCGGGAGAAAAAGUAAAUGCUCCCAGAUAUCUAUACGAAACAGUAUUUUAAACAGUAGCAUGUUUCCGAAGGAAUUAUUGUCUUCUACUAUGGCUGCAAUUUCUCCGCUUUUGUCAGUAAAGCCCACGCGAGGACUCGUGGAUGAGAAGAUCCAGAUAAUUGUAAGGAAUUUACCUGCACGGUUCCCAGUGACGCUACAUUCCCUUUAUCUCUCCGAGGAUAAGGAUUACUGGGAGGCGUUCGGGCAUUACACCAGUGACAACAGAGGCACGGUGACAGUGUCAGAGCAUGCCAGUGUGGGAGGAACAUAUGAAGGCACAGAGCCCAUGGGUCUACUGUGGAGCAUGCAGCCUGUUCCAGGGAGUCGAACAGGCCUCCGGUUGAGAAAGAUGAAUGUCCUCACUCCCAUGGUGGUACACAUCUCUGUGUUCAGUGGUCAUGUGACUGAGGGCUUCAGCAAGCAGUCUCCCCUAGCAACUGUUGUCAUAGAGCGAUGGUACCUGGCACCAGGUGUUCGCAGAAUUGAUAUCAAAGAAGAUGGUAUUACAGGCACCCUGUUUUUACCCUCAGGUCCUGGACCUUUCCCUGGUGUGUUGGAUUUGUGGGGAGGAGGAGGUGGACUGGUGGAGUACCGUUCUGCACUCCUAGCGUCACAUGGUUUUGUUUCCAUGGCCCUAGAAUACUUUUCCACUGAGAAGAAUAGAGCCUCAAACCUUCAUAUCAAAUACUUUGAGAAAGCAUUCAGGAUAGUUCAAGAGCACCCCCUGGUGAUGAAGGACAAUGUUGCACUGUUUGGUCUUUCCUUAGGAACGUCAAUCACCCUCCACAUGGCAGCCUACUCCAAAGCAGUCAGUCCCAGAUGCUGUGUGUGUGUCAGCGGGAGUCACGUCCAACCAAUCAAUUCGCCAUUCAAGGAUGUUUCAGAAAAGUUUCAAGAGAACGGAAGUAAAAUCCGUGUUGAUGAGGACGGCUGUUUGAUCUGGAAAGACAUCAUUCUACCUAUUCCAACUGACCCUGGACUGAAAGUAGAUAUGGGGAGAAUAAAGUGUCCUGUGAUCUUGAUUGUUGGGGAGGAUGAUCAGAGCUGGGCCACAGUGGAGUCUGCUGAGGAUAUGACCCAGAUGAUGCGUGCUGCAGGAAAUGAACACCUGCUGACCACGUUCCGAUACCCUGGUGCUGGACACCUCAUUGAGCCACCCUACACUCCCCACGUUAGAGCCAGCAACUUCAUAGUGCAACCAAUAAGACAGAAAGUGACCAUGCUGUGGGGAGGGUACCCUAAACCACACGCCUCUGCUCAGGAAGAUUCCUGGGAGGAGAUUCUCAGGUUUUUACAGCAACAUCUCUACCCCAGCCAAGAUUCAGUCCCCAAGGCCAAGCUGUGAUGUUACACCGAAGGCCUUUCCAGACCUAGAAUGAGUACAGGUUAAACUUGAAAGUGUUAAUGUAAUAAAUGUGUGUGUGACAAGACUGAAAUACAAAUACGAUUCCAUAAAAGUUGGGACUCUGUACAA